AUGUAUGCCGUCGAAGAUAGACAUCAUCCCGUCCCGCCUCCCCUCUCAAUGGAUCGCAUCUCUGCUCCGUCCUACCCGCCGGGUCCCAAUUCCAUGCGGCCUUCCGAUCACCUGUCCCCUAUCCAGAAUGAAUACGGCGGUCGCCUCUGGGCAUUAGAGGUGGUCCAGCAACCAAUCCGAGCUCGCAUGUGCGGAUUUGGUGACAAGGACCGGAGACCGAUCACUCCCCCGCCAUGCAUUCGUCUCAUUGUGCGUGAUCAGCUCACAAAUAAAGAAAUAGAUAUCAAUGAGAUCGAUACCUCUUUCUACGUGCUCACCGUCGACCUAUGGAAUGCUGACGGCACCAAUGAAGUCAACCUCGUCAAGCACUCCGCAACAUCCCCUUCCAUCUCUACCGCCAUGUCUUCCUCAUAUCCUCCUCCGCCCCAGAGCAUGUCUCCAACCUACACAGGCUACGGCCAAGGUCAAUACCCCGUCGCGGGGUAUCCCCAGAUGAACAACUACUACGGCAGUCAACAUAUGACCUACCCAAACCAAUACGGGCAGCCAGUCACCUACCCGCCACAACAAUAUUACGCCGGAGGCCAAGUCCCACCCGCCAUGUCGCCCGCCGCCACGCAACCCGCCGUCUCAGGCGGACCUGGUGGGAUGUUCACUCGCAACCUGAUCGGCAGUCUCAGCGCCAGCGCAUUCCGCCUGACAGACCCGGACAACAAAAUCGGCGUCUGGUUCAUCCUGCAAGAUCUGAGUGUUCGCACCGAAGGCACUUUCCGUUUGAAAAUGAGCUUCGUCGACGUAGGCACCCAGUCCGCUGAAUCAACCAACGGCGCCCCAGUCAUCAACCACGGAACAGCCCCCGUCCUUGCCUCAGUCUUCUCAGAGCCAUUCCAGGUCUUCUCUGCCAAGAAAUUUCCCGGUGUCAUCGAAAGCACCCAACUCAGCAAAUGCUUCGCGUUGCAGGGCAUCAAGAUUCCCAUCCGAAAAGACGGGAUGAAGCCCCGCGGCCGAGGCGGAGACAACGACGAUGAGGAUGAAGGCGACUACUGA